AUGACCCCAAGUCGAGCCACGAGAUUUAGCCCAGUCUUCCUCGUCUAUGGUGCCGAGUCUAUCCUCCCCACUGACUUGGAGUAUGGGUCCCCGAGGAUCAAAGCCUACCAAGAGCAGCAGAACCAGCUAGCCCGCGAGGACUCGCUGGAUCAGGUGGACGAGGGUCGAGAUGUGGCACUCCUACUCUCGGUGCAUUACCAGCAGUCUCUGCGACAAUAUCAGGCGCAGAGAGUUCGACAUCAGGACCUCAACAAGGGAGACCUAGUGUUGAGGCUUCGGCAAGAUAGCCGAGGGCGCCACAAGCUUACCCCGCCAUGGGAGGGCCCGUACAUCAUUGCGGAGAUCCUCAAGCCCAGCACCUACUAG